AUGGCAUCCAAGUCGGCAUCCCGCGGCCCCGCCGGCAUCACAAAGGCCUACCUCUUCACCUACAACACCCUCAACCUCCUCACCUGGGGUGCUUGUGUUGUUUACGCCGCCUCUCUCCUCCCCGCCAACAUUGACAACCUACCCAAUGUCUUCAACUUGACAUUCUCCCCACUGCUUGCGACUCAGUCGCUCGCACUGCUGGAAGUCGUGCACAGCGUCGUCGGACUCGUGCGCGCACCAUUCAUGACAACCGCUAUGCAGGUUGCGAGUCGGUUGUUGCUGGUUUGGGGAAUCAUGGCUCAAUUCGGGGGACAGAUUGUCGGUGCACGAUCUACUCAACUGGGUGACUAUGCCUACUUGGGCUGCGUCGCUGCUUGGGGUAUCACGGAGGUUAUUCGUUAUGGAUUCUUUGCUAUCACCUUGUCUGGGAACUCGGUUCCCAGCUGGUGGACUUGGUUGCGGUACAACACUUUCUACAUCCUUUACCCGAUUGGUAUCACCAGCGAGUGCACUCUUAUCUACCAGGCCCUUGGUCCUGCUGCUGAGUUGAACCCGUUGUUCCAAUACGCGCUGAUUGCUAUUCUGGUUAUCUAUGUCCCUGGCUCCUAUAUCCUGUACACGCACAUGAUUGCCCAGCGACGCAAGGUUCUGCGUGGCAAGAAGCGUGCGGAUUAG